CUCCAUUCACCCCUCUGUACUCUGUUCAUUGCAUAUACGACUCUGACAACCUCUCUAUCUUAUCAUUAAUUGGCUGUAUAUAUACUACAAGGGCCACGAUCUCGCCAGUCAACACCAUGACCCAAGAGCCGAAUCCUCCGGGAUGGUUUGCGUCACUCUCUAGCAAGAUCCUUGAGGAGCUGGGCCUCGUAUCGCUAUGGAACUCUCCGCGAGACGCGAAGCUGCUCUGUGCCCAGCGGUUCGUCCGACUCUUCGCCUACGGAGGCUCAACCCUAAUCCUGGCUUCGUAUCUUUCUGCACUAAAUAUCUCCGAUGACCGGAUCGGCCUGUUCAUGACCCUGACUCUGGUCGGAGAUGUGGCGAUCAGUUUCCUCUUGACGCUUUUUGCCGACGCCAUGGGCCGUAGAGCUGUCCUGGCUCUGGGAUCGGCCUUGAUGGUGGGUAGUGGAGUGGUUUUCGCGCUGGUUGGGGAUUACUGGGCUCUUCUGGCGGCGGCAGUGUUUGGGGUUAUUAGUCCCAGUGGAAAUGAAAUUGGCCCGUUCCGUGCGGUUGAAGAGUCUACUCUUGCUCAUCUCACUCCCAAGGAAAUUCUCAGUGAUAUCUUCGUUUGGUAUUCUCUCAUCGGCAUUGCGGGCACGGCACUUGGCGUGAUGACCUGCGGGUGGGCUGUUGAUGUGCUUCAGAACCAAAAGCAUUGGGAGUAUCUCGAUGCUUGUCGAGUAAUCUUCCUUGCGUACGCUACUAUCGGGCUUAUCAAGUUUCUUCUCUCCGUGACUCUGAGCAAGAAGGUCGAAGCCGACGUCAAAAAGCCAAAACCUGCGCAGCAGAACGCAGAGAAUGAUGGGGAAACUCAACCGCUGCUGGGUGACCGGCCCGCCACCAACCAGGAGCCGGAGAGGAAGUCUUUCUUCUCUUUUAUUGGGGAUAAGGACCUCGCUUCUCUGGUUAUCCGGCUUUUUAUCCUCUUUGGUCUGGACUCGUUUGCGUCGGGAUUGGCUUCAUUGUCCUGGAUGACAUAUUUCUUCAAACGCAAGUUCUCCCUUCCAGAGGGCGAACUCGGCUCGAUUUUCUUCACGACGAGCAUUAUCUCCUCCGCUUCCAUGCUCGUAGCGUCCUCCAUCGCCAAAAGGAUCGGAAAUAUCAGGACAAUGGUUUUCACCCACCUCCCCUCGGCAGUCUGCCUCGCUUUAAUUCCCGUCCCCUCUAUCCUCCCGCUCGCCCUAACCUUCCUCGUGUUACGAGCCUGCUCCCAGAGCAUGGACAGUGCGCCACGCUCCGCAUUCCUAGCGGCUGCUCUCCCGCCAGAAAAACGCACGGCCAUUAUGGGCUCCAUCAACGUGGUCAAAACAUCCGCGCAGAGUCUGGGGCCGCUUAUUACGGGUAUUCUGGCAGAGCGGGGGUACUUUGGCGUGUCGUUCACCCUGGCCGGUAUCCUCAAGUGUGUCUAUGACAUUGGCAUAUUGCUGAGUUUUGUGGGACUUGAAAAGGGUAGGAGAGCCGGGUCGAAUGCUUCGCAGGCUUAGACUUGGUUCACGAUGCCCGUUACAUUGCAGUAGAGUAAGUUUGUGGAUAUGGUCAUGUUCCUGGUGUUGGAUUUAUGGAUAUAGAUACAUAGAUACAUACGUACAUAGACAAAUAGAGAAGUAAAUUAAGUGCUAGC